GGACUUUUACACAAUUUAGCUCGAUAACGUGCUACUUAGCUAGCUUCACACUUAUACACAUGGGUUCAGUUUACAAGCAGCUUUAAUCGUCAAAACCCAGUCUGUGACUUUACCUUCCCCUAACGUAUAUACCAAGGGAGGCUGAUAUCCAUCCUUCAAAUUCCCAGGGAUCCCUCAGCCUGCCCUGAUGAAGGCCGAGCAAGACAGCGACCUCCUCGAAGAGGACUCCCCUCAGGAGAAUGGAGUCCAGACCAACCAGUACAGCUCCAUCUCUCCUCCUGCCUCACCUGUGGCCCAGGAAGAAACCUUCUCCACAUACUUUGAAGACAAGGUGCCCAUUCCCGAGACGGUCAACCAGGCGUUCAGUUUCCGUAAACUCUGGGCCUUCACUGGACCAGGGUUUUUGAUGAGCAUUGCUUACUUAGAUCCAGGGAACAUUGAGUCUGACCUGCAGUCUGGAGCUAAAGCUGGCUUUAAGCUCCUAUGGGUGCUCCUUUUAGCCACCAUCAUUGGGCUGCUGUUGCAGAGGUUAGCUGCACGCCUCGGGGUCGUCACAGGGAUGCACCUGGCUGAAGUCUGCAACCGGCAGUAUCCGACCGUUCCUCGGAUCAUCCUUUGGCUGAUGGUUGAGCUGGCCAUUAUUGGCUCAGACAUGCAGGAGGUCAUCGGCUGUGCCAUAGCUCUCAACCUCCUCUCUGUGGGCAGGAUCCCGCUGUGGGGUGGAGUCCUCAUCACCAUCACAGACACAUUUGUGUUCCUCUUUCUAGAUAAAUAUGGCCUGAGGAAACUUGAAGCUUUCUUUGGCUUUCUCAUCACUGUAAUGGCUAUUAGCUUUGGUUACGAGUAUGUGCUGGUAAAGCCAGACCAAGGGGAGCUGCUCAAGGGAAUGUUUGUACCUUACUGUGCGGGCUGUGGGCCUGUGCAGCUGGAGCAGGCAGUGGGAAUCGUAGGCGCUGUCAUCAUGCCCCACAACAUCUACCUGCACUCAGCGCUGGUCAAGUCUCGGGAUGUCGAUCGCAGAAAUAAAAAGGAAGUAAAAGAAGCCAACAAGUACUUCUUUAUCGAGUCAACUAUCGCUCUCUUCAUCUCUUUUCUCAUCAACGUCUUUGUCGUGGCAGUCUUUGCUCAGGCCUUCUACAAUAAAAGCAAUAUGGAAGUGAAUGCAGAGUGCAAUGCAACCGGCAUUCCUUACACUGAUCUCUUCCCUCUCAACAAUGGCACACUGGAGGUGGACAUCUAUAAAGGGGGAGUGGUCCUGGGCUGUUUCUUUGGCCCUGCAGCUCUCUACAUCUGGGCCAUAGGUAUUCUGGCAGCUGGACAAAGCUCCACCAUGACAGGCACUUACUCCGGGCAGUUUGUCAUGGAGGGUUUCCUGAACCUACAGUGGUCUCGUUUUGCUCGGGUGCUGCUGACCCGCUCCAUUGCCAUCACGCCCACUCUGCUGGUAGCCAUUUUUCAGGACGUUCAGCAUCUGACGGGCAUGAACGACUUCCUCAACGUGCUUCAGAGCAUGCAGCUUCCGUUUGCUUUGAUCCCAAUUCUGACCUUCACCAGUCUGAAAUCCAUAAUGAACGAUUUUGCAAACGGAUUAGCCUGGAAGAUUUCCGGGGGUGUCGUCAUCCUGCUGGUUUGUGCAAUCAACAUGUACUUUGUGGUGGUUUAUGUGACUUCACUGAACAAUGUGCCGCUCUACGUCAUCGCUGCUCUCCUCUCAUUAGCCUAUCUGUGCUUUGUGGGCUACCUGGCAUGGCACUGUCUGAUUGCCUUGGGGGUUUCCUGCCUGGACUUUGGCAGCAGGGUAAGAAAGCGACCUGGCGUGUUGAUAGAGGAGCAGUCAGAGUACGACUCCUAGAGCUGAACAGGACAGUAACCACCAGCAUUCUUCUUUCCUCUCGGAGACUCUGAGCCUUGUACAGAACCAGGACUUCUCAAGAUCACAUAGGAUCUUGAAAGCACAUUUUCUGCUAAUGGCACAUGUUUGUUUUGUGUAGGGCUGGGUAUCAGAGUUUGGUGUUUUUUAGGCAACCAGUCGCACAUAUUAAUACACCAGCACAGCAAGGAAGGAAAUAUGUGUUUAUCAUUUGACAAAUCAGUAAUUGUUACAAUCCUCAUAGGCAACAGCUGAACCUUUGCUACCUACCUUUACUUAUAAAGUAACAUCAUAGACUGUAUAAGAGUAACAUACUGUGACAUGGGUGGUUUAAACAACAUACAUACAUAACAUUCAUAAUUGAUAACUCACCUGAUUGCAACAUGCAGUAUAACCACAAUACAAUCCAAUUUUAUUUGGGGUUAAAUGGCAUUGAAAUUAUAGAAUUACCUCAAUUACAAUAAUAUUUUUUAAAUAGCAUUGUUUUUUUUUUCCACGGUUAUUUUUAGCACCGUUUCCUUUAGGUAAGAGCUGACAUAACUAUUUACAUAACGUAAUAAUAUUUUCUCAUGUUCCAUAUGACAUUUACUAAUAUUAGCUACAUCAAGUACUUUGGUCUCUGUGAGCCCCCUUACCUUGAUAUUGUCAGCCUGCCAAUGUCCUGGUGAAGGAGCUGCUCUCUUCAACACUUUCCAUUCGCUCUACCUCAACGUCCUUUACUAUUUUAUCUCAGUGUCUCUCAGACUUUCAGUUUGAUUCACUGGAUUUUUGUGUCUAAUACUUUAAAAACAAUAUUUCUAAGAGAAAAUAAUUGUUACAUACUACAUGAUUAAGUUUUCUUAAUUCCAUUAUGAGAACUAAAAAUCUCCAAAUCAUAUCCAGCCCUGAUUGUGUGAAAAAAAAAAAAAAACCUUUUGGUCAUGGGGUUUUGAUGUUGCUAAUUCCUGUCUAAUAUUUCAGAGAAGCUUCAGUGGCAAGUUUCAGUAUCAUGCACAAGUGAUGCCUAUACCUCAUUUGUUACUUCUCUUGUGUGGAGUCACGGUUCUCUUUGUUGUGCACAAGUCUAGACUCUGGACAUUUUGUCAGAGCAACCAAGUCUGUGAAUGAAAUAUGUUCAGCCUGAACCAAACUCCUCCAUUCAAACAAGUGAAGCUUUAUAUGACUGCAGCCUCAUCCUCAAAGCCUCUUUUUAGUGCCUAAAUAAUCAGGAUGCCAGCAACUCGGGUUAGUCAACAUGCUGAUGUGAGCUUAUGUAUGAAGGAAACUGAGAUAUGUUUUUAACAGUGCACAGAAGUCUCUUCAUUCCUUCUUGACUGCCAGAGGUUAGAUGUUGGAUGUAAAUAUAUAUAUAUGUGUGUGUGUGUGUGUUUUGUUGUGUGAUUCCUUGAUAACAUUCUUUACCACAUUUCUAGUCAGCAUCAUUUCCUGAAAGUCACUGCUACGUAUUUAUACUGCUAUGCAGAGAGAAGUGAAAGUACUGCUUUUAUGUUUGCUUAAAAAUAAUGCUGUAGUCAUAAUUGUUGUAAUUAUCGUGAGAAAGAAGUCAAAACAAGCUCAAAGAAAGCCAUGAUUAUUUAUAUAACCCAUAAUCACGAGUUUGGCUCUGAGCGCUUUUACAGUCUGCACAACAUGCGACACCCUCUGAAGUCAAAAGUAGUCAUUUUGUGAAUUAAAGUCUAAAAACACCACAUCUCAGAAUAAAAUUCAUUCAGGUCAGAUUUAUUAUCGGAUGUAGAAAACGUUUAUUUUAAUUCUGCGGCACUGCAUCUGUAAAGUAAGCUACAGUGUGCCCCGCGCUCUGCACUGAUUUAUUUAAGACCUCAUAAUGUUUUUCUUGCAAAUUUGGGACUUUUUGCCUUGUUUUUUGUCCUUUCUCAGCAUUGUUAAUUUACUUUUUAAUGUAUUUUAAUUCCUCUUUAUCAACAGUGAAACCUGUUGUUGACAUUUACUGUAGAUUUUUAAUGCAAAUACGUGCGGCAGAAGACCUGCCAUAUUUCAAUAUAUUUAGUAAACCAGCGCAAGGAGAAUUAAAGAUGUUUAGCAAAUCAGAUUAUUUAUAAUUAUAUUUUGAUAUCAGCAGUCAAAUGCGCAAAUUAUUUCCUAAUUCAUUUCCUAAGUCAUAGUCAGUAUCUUACCGGUGAGAAUAAAGUCAGCACCUGUUCUGCCUUCACGCAGACUGUUAUCUAGUUAUGUUAUGUAGUCUAACAUGGCUAAACGCAGGAUAAGUUAAGUAGAAACAGUUUAAUGUGGAAAUUAUGUCCUGCUGUUCCUAUGAGGCAGCAUAGCGAACAUGUUCAGAUCUUGAAUGAAGUCAGGGAGGUGGUGAUAAAGCUCACAUCAUAAUAACACUGGACGGCCUCUUUUACCAGUCUGACGUGUCUUCAGUCUUUAAUGGGCUUGAUUUAGUUCCAGUUUGCUUUCACUACUGCACUUUCAGCUUCUCUGACAUAGCAUAAGGAAAACGAAAAAACCCUAGUUUAUAUUAGUGGUGCAACUUGAUUUUUCAAAUUUGUUAAAGAAGUUUAAUAACUUUAAAUUAUGAUGGUAUAUGCUGCAUUAAGCACCUAAUCGAGCAAUAUCCAAGUGAGAGGUGUGUAUAUAUACAUAAAAUCAGUAAGAGCAUUAAUUGGACUGUGGAGCAUACAGCUCAUACAGUAACAGGAUGAAUUUAUUGGUUCGAGUUAAUACAGUUAUAGUUAAUGAGGCCCAGCUAGCUGAGGGCUACUGGGAGAGUAGACUGGAAGCUGUUUUUCUUUUCCCAGUAGUCAUACACAAGAUCUCUGGUUCUUUGCCAAGUUAUUGUGCUGUUAAAUGUAGUGUACUGUAGUGUGCUGGAACAUGUACAGUUGAAGGUCUCCGGUUCAAAGUUCUCAAAGGUGUUCAAAAUGUCUCUCAAGGUUCUCACAGAGGUGGUGGAAAUGUAACUUGACAUUUUUCAGGCUGCUGUCGGUUGAACCCAUACUGUGUUGUAUGGAAAAACAAUAUUCACAUUUGAGCUGUUACAGAGAAAACUUCAGUACGGUACAGUACACGCUGAAGUUACUCGCCCACGCUGUGUCUUCUGACGCUAUCACUCAUUUCUGCUCUUUGGGAUUGAAUAAGUGUCUGUCCUUUCCUACUGGAUAAAGCACAUCAUGUGUCCAAAAAUAAAUGGGAAAUAAUGGAUA